UUGAUUGUCGAUUGUCGAUAUCUAUCGACAAACUAAAUCGAGUCGCCACGCAUGCGCUGAAAACUUUUCAUGAAGUAUUAAGAAAUAACGAAAAUAAGAGAAUGUUAUUACGCUAUAUGGUGCCCUGUUACAUGUUUUCUUAUAUCCACAUAUCACAUUGAUAUUUUUCUGUUUUCUAUUUUCUAUAUGUAAUGUCCAUUUCCGUGCCAAUACUUGUACAGCUUUUUUAUCACAUAACCUGAAAAUAUGUAUUUCAAUGUAAUCCAUAAAAAGUAACGAUUUGUAUUAAUAUAAAGGGAUAUACAUAUAAGGUGGCAUUCUAUUACAAUUAUGCCGACAACGUACACUGCAUUUCUAACUGGAGUUGUGAUGGCAUCGCUGACAUGGAUACUGAGUUUAUAUCUCUAUUCUUCGCUCUCCCAUAAUGAAGGAAAUAAAAAUAUUGGAUCAUCAUUACCUGCAUUCAAUUUUCUACAAGCCUUAACAAACACCAAAAAUUUUAGUAAAGGCAUAAAUAAUUAUGAAAACAGCGACAAGCUGUUGCAUCAUUUACAAGCAGUUUCACUUAAACCUGCUGUAACAUUAGGCGAUGGAUUAGAUACUUUAGGAAUGGUGAGGAAUUUCGAAGAUCAACGAAAAAGGGAUGAAGGAUACAAAAAUUAUUCCUUUAACAUCUUGGUAUCAGAUAAUAUUGGUUUUUACAGAGACAUACUAGACACAAGAUAUAAAUUGUGUCAAACGCAAAAGUAUGCAAAUAAUUUGCCAAAUGCUAGCAUCGUCAUUUGUUUCUACAAUGAACAUUAUACAACGCUCAUAAGAUCUUUACAAUCUUUGAUCGUAAGAACGCCAAUGUCAUUAUUACAUGAAAUUAUUUUAGUGAACGAUUAUAGCGAGAGUAAUAUGUUACACGAACAAAUAAAACGUUACAUUGAUAAAUUUAAUGGCAAAGUUAAAUUGUUUAAAACUGAAAAAAGGGAAGGAUUGAUUAGAGCAAGAAUGUUUGGUGCGAGAAAGGCAACAGGAAACGUUUUAAUAUUUUUAGACAGUCACAUUGAAGUAAAUAAAGAAUGGAUAGAACCUCUUCUUUCAAGAAUAAAAUAUUCAAGGACUAUCGUGCCUAUGCCAGUUAUAGAUAUUAUAAAUGCAGAUACAUUCCAAUAUACUGGUAGUCCUUUGGUCAGAGGAGGUUUUAAUUGGGGACUGCACUUUAAAUGGGACAAUUUGCCUGUCGGUACAUUAACCAAUCAGGAAGAUUUUGUAAAACCUAUCAAAUCGCCAACAAUGGCAGGGGGACUAUUUGCUAUCGACAGAUCAUAUUUUAUGGAAUUAGGAGAAUAUGAUCCUGGCAUGGACAUUUGGGGUGGUGAAAAUUUAGAAAUCUCCUUCAGAAUAUGGAUGUGCGGUGGAAGUAUUGAACUUAUACCAUGUUCUAGAGUGGGUCAUGUGUUUAGAAGACGCAGGCCAUAUGGUAGUAACCAACAAUACGAUACAAUGUUGAAAAAUUCUCUACGUGUUGCCUAUGUAUGGAUGGAUGAGUACAAAGAUUAUUUUAUAAGAAAUGUCAAGAAAAUAGAUUAUGGUGAUAUUUCUAGCAGAGUUGCUUUACGAAAAAAACUAAACUGCAAGAGUUUCGCUUGGUAUCUCAAAGUUGUUUAUCCCGAAUUAGUGUUACCGGAUGAUAAUGAAAGUCAGCUAAAAGACAAAUGGUCAAAGUUAGAUCAAAAAUUGAUGCAACCUUGGCAUUCGAGGAAAAGAAAUUACAUUGAUCAAUAUCAAAUUAGACUUAGUAAUUCCACAUUGUGUAUUCAAAGCGAAAGAGAUAUCAAAACUAGAGGUUCCAAACUCAUUUUAGCCCCAUGUUUAAGAAUCAAAUCACAAAUGUGGUAUGAAACAGCAAAAAAUGAGUUGAUACUUGGACAAAUGCUGUGUAUGGAAGGAGCAGGAAGGGUACCAAAACUUGGAAAGUGUCAUGAAAUGGGCGGAAACCAAGAAUGGCGACAUAAGAGCUCUAACGGAACACCUAUUUACAAUACGGCAAUUGGUACAUGCUUGGGAACCUUACGCGCAAGUAAAAAGGCCGAAAUUAUCAUGGAUCUGUGUACAAAGUCUGACGUGUCAUCGAUGUCUUGGGAUUUGGUUCGUUCGAAAAUGGGACAGAAAGCAAUCAGAUAACGCAUAAACGGUGCUCAAAACAAAUACAACGUGUGUAAGUUACAAAUUAUAAAGAAAAAGUACCUUUGAUCUAUUUUUUACAGUGCAUCAAAUUGUUUGUGUAUAGCAAAAGAAGCGAUUUCUGUCUAUUAGACAAAUUUUCUUAGCUAUCAUAACCAAUUAAAGAAGAAGAGAAAAAGGAAAAGUGAUAUUUAAAAUAAGAACAAAUUUAUAAGUUUUUUUAGUUUGUUACAAAUAUUUCUGUUUAUAAAAUACUAUAAAAAAUG